AUGGUGAAACCGGACUCAAACCGGUCUUGGGGAUACGUCGUUCCUCUCGGUAAUAUCUUCCUUCAUCAUAAUCUCAACAUCGGUCCCGGCGUCACCAUCUCCUCAAGAAGCCUGAUACGGUCCAAACAAUUCCUGGAAAGGAAGAAGCCGGCCCCCGGUUCCACAGGUGGCCGAAAGAAGGCAACCGGCAAGAAAGCGGCCCCAGCCAAAGAAAAGGCCGAAAGUAAAGGAAAAAAGAAAGUAAUUUUCUCGGAACCGUCGCAGCCAAGGGAGGAGGAAGAGUCGGCUUCCCCUUUCGAAAGAACCGAUUCAGGAAAGACCGAUGACGAAAGAUCGGCCAAUGAAGAAGGGCAUUCGGGCCAAAGUCCCGAUAAUGUCGGUCCUGGCACAAAUCCUGAGACCACCGAGGGCGGUGAAGAGGGUGAUGAAGAAGGUGGUAACGAAGGCGGUCACGAAAGCGGUGACAAAGAUAAUGAGGAGGACGAAGAAGCAGAGGCCGAUAGGGUAGCUUUGAAACUCCUAAAGGGCACUAAAAAGCGAGCCGAGAUAAUUGAGGAGUUAUACCUGGAAUGGCACGAGCACCGGUUCGGCAAACCGUAUAGGCAAAUCCUACCGGACUACACAGACGUGGAAUGCCUCCAAAGACUGAAGAGAGUGGAGGACGUGGUCAUGGAUCUCACAAAAUCCGAUACCAUUGAAGAGGUAUUACACCGAACCUACCUCUUAAAACCACGAGCACAACUACGGAAGCUAACCAUACGCAUCCGGAAGAUUUCGACGAAGUUCGAAGAGGUGGGAUCGGAAGACACCUUAACACCGCUGGUGUUGGAAAGGCUUGAAAAAGCCAAAGGAGACCUUAUUCAAGAAAUUGACCGGCUGGAGGCAAUGCACAGUCAAAGGGAAAUACCGGUCUAUACAGCUCCCCGGAUUGAUUCAAGUCCAGAUCACUGUCCAACACCUCUAAGGGCAAAUUCGGCAACAGAGGAAUCCGAUGAAAGGGCGGAUCCUCCUCUCACCGGGCAAUCUCCACUUACACAACCGGAAGUCUCCGAACCGGGUUUCACAAAAGCAUGGGUUGAGAACCGCUUUCAAGAGUUUGAAGACUCCGAGGUUUUCCCUUUGAAGGAGAAAUUCCAAAGAACCGUCUGCUCGGCACUCAAGUUCGCCAACACUACAUGGCAACUUUUAGAAAGAACAAAGGACCGGUUCUCAGAAAUAGACGAUGAUCAACGGGAAGAAGCGGUUCUGCGCAGCAAACAUCUUAAGCGAACCGUGAUUCUAGAAGAUAGGACUUCCGAGUUACAAGAAAACUUUGACCGGUUUGAAAGAGAGACCGAUCAACGAUUGACGGAGGUUGCUGGGGACCUGACGCUCUCCGCGCAAGUUGCCGAACUGCUGAAUGCUAAGAUAAAUGCGGAUGCCGCGGCUGUAGAGGCUGAUGCCCAAGCGGCUAAGAAGGUUCAGGAUGAGCUGGACGCCGAAGCAAGAAAAGAGAAGGAGGCACCGCGACCAUCGCAACUUACCGAAGAGGAAGAGGAAGCCGAGCGAAUUCGAAGGGCAGAGGCCAAGUUCCCGGGACUUGCAAAGAAAGCAGCCGCUCAAGCUGCGAAGGAUGCUACGCGGUUAGAAAGGGAAAGACGGAGGCUAGAAGGCUUCGCAGACGACAACAAAAAGAAAAAGGCGGCCUCUUCUGUUUCAGUUCCGACAAAGCGAAAGAGGGAACCUUCAAAGAAAGUUCAAAUAGCCGACCUGCUCAAUGAGGUCACUGAAACGGUCAUUAAGAGUAUACCGCAGCAGGCUACUCAAGUCGAAGAGGAGGAUGAAGAACACCUGCAGCCCCGGUCUACAAGACAACGAGUCUCCGAACCGGCCAGUCGACCGCAACCCGUGAAGAAAAAGUGGAACAUAUAUGACUUCUCGGACUCGGAAUAG